AUGUCUUUACAUAUCUACAUUGCUCACACCGGUGAGCAUCUACUCGCAGACCCAGUUUCCUUUGCAUCCCCGGAGGCUCUCCGAUCAUGGAUUGCUCGCAACACGUCCAUCGCUAUCCAGAGGCAGAUAUUGAUGACCGCCCGGGGAAAGAAUGUCAAGCUCCAGACAUUAGCUACAGAAGACGAAAUCUUCGUCUAUGAUAGGCAGCUAGUCAGUGAAGGUGGUCCCGUCGAGCUCCCCGAUAUUCCCAUACCACCGCCAUUCAAACCAAAGAACCCCCCGGAUACUCUCGCCGACCAGAAUGAUCUCCAGUCGUGGCGUAACCUUUACAUGGCUCGCAGGACAUGGGCUUUAGCUCUAGCUGAGGAAUGUGUUCCUGUGGAUCAAGCUCUCCAAGAGCACAACGAACGUAUCGACAUCAUCUAUCGUGGCGUUGGUGUGGCCCUCGAAAACCUCAAAUCUCAUGUGGCUAGCUUAGAAACCAAGUUCCAGGAAGCUCAAACAUGGGCAGAUGAUCUACUCAAGGAACAAAAAUCCGCUUUGGACGGAUGGCAGGCUGCUCUAGACAAACUGAAGGCAAUACCGGCGAGGAAGGAUAUAUCUUUUCUUGGGCGUCCCUCGACACCGAAGAAGGGAGCCAAAGACCGAUCGAACGGAACGCUCCAGGACUUUCUAGAUGUGGAUGAAGUGCGCCGGGCUGCUUCAAAGGGUGCGGCGGUUUCGCAGAGCUUCUCGCGUCGCGUGAAUGAAGUUCAAGCGGCAGUCAGUAGCAUCUCGUCGGAUGCCAACACCCUGCUAGAGCAGGCGCAGCCUCCAAUGAUUGAUGGAGGUCAUGGCUUGUUAGAAGAGGUGGAGACCCUGGCAAAGAAAGUGAGCUCUGAUUAUGAGCAUGUACUCGGUCUACCAAGCAACCAAAAGAGCCUAGCGAAUAUCUCAAGAAUGGCGUUAGGUCAUACGAAGGAAUUGUUACCAUCGCUUCGAGAAAUCAGUCUUGAAUUGCACACCGCACUAGACCAAGCUGUCCAGCAUCGAAUCACUGCGAUGAAAGCUGCGGUCAAUCAUAUGCGGACCGUGUCCUCAUUAGAGUCUCGUCUAGCGGAUGUUCAGGCACAGAUCGCCAAAUUAGAUGUUGAUGCAGAUAUUUUUGAUAUCAUAUUCGAGGUGUACCAUCUACCAGUGGCCUACGGCUCGGUGCUUGUGGAGGCUGUCCGACGCCGUGAAUGGGGKGAAAAGCUGAAAACCGACUCGCUCACAUUGGCUGAAGAAAUGGCCGUCUUCAGGGAUGAAGAACAGCGUCGCCGAAAGAAAUGGGUAAAGUCGAUUGGAGAGCUUGUAACCCUUCCCGACGACACGACUCCUAGUCUAGAGAUCAACAUGCAAGGUCAAGGACAGGAGUGGCCUGAAGUACAUCGCAAAGAAAUCGAGCUUUAUAUCGAUGCUCUCAAAGCCCGAAAUGACAUGUCAGCCAUAGUCGAGGAAGUAUCUCAGCUCUAUGCGGACCUUGAUAAGCCUACUCGACAGCAAAAAAGACGAGCCAAGGCGUUUAAGCAGGGCAGUGUAAUUGAUAUGGGACGCAGUUCGCUCCUUAUUCGAGGCGAUGACAUGGUACGCAGCCUUCAAGAUGAGAAAUAUAAACUUGAAGAAAAGGUCAAAAGUUCGGAAAGUCGAAUUAGGAAGUUAGAAGAUCUUCUUCACCGUCAAACUCACAUUGCAAGACCUCUGAGUGGAAAUUUUAGCACUGACUUCCCCAUCUCUCCGGCUUCUCCACGGCCAGAUCCUUUAUCAAGACGGUCCUCGGUCUCAUCAAGGCGCAUGUCAUCUAAUCAAACAGCCGAGGACAGAAGUCUAGUACAACGAAUCGUGGGACUCGAAGCAGACCUCGCUACUGAAAGGGAAACUGUCCAACGGCUGCAAAAAGAGGCUCGGAUGGAGCGUCAAUCAUCCACCGAUAGAAUGCAAGAAGCUCAAUCUACCAAGGAAGACCUCAUCAAGAACCUUGAAUCUAGACAAAGGGAAUUCGAGGACGAACGCAAGUUCCUAGAGGCCGAUGCUAAGCAGUUACGUCACAGAAUUGAAGAACUUGAAGAAGAACUGUUCAACGUUCUCGACCGCCGCGAUCACGAAAAACAAGAACUUGAAGAACGUGCUCAGAAGCUAGAAGAACAGCUUCUAACUGUAGAGACCAGMACUGCCAAGGAACUUGAGAGUGCGCAAACAGAAUACAAAGCUUUACAGGACAACUACUCUCGUGCAAGACAGCGUGCUAGCGAUUUGGAGGCUGCUAUCGCUAGCGACAGAGAUCAAUUGUCCAAUCAGGAAGCCAAGAUCUCGGAGCUUCAGGCGCAAAUGGAGACACUGCAUGGUCAGAACCAGGAGAAUCUGAGUACACUACAAGCGGCACAUACCAUUCUUUCCCCGGAGCGAUCAGCGCCAUCCGACUUUGCGUCCUUAGUCAAAGCAAUUGAGAUUUUAGCCGAAGGACUUACAAUUCACGCCAGGAAUACGGAAAAAUCCCAUGCGACUCUGGUCGAGGAAAAGAAAGACGUAGAAAAAGAACUGAACUCGCAGCAAGCUGAACUUAAUCAACUUCGUGAAAUAGUCGAAACCCGCAAGGCCGAGAUUACGAAGGUGCGAAACGACCUCAUACAGGAACAAUCUCAGGUAUCCGUUCUCAAAAGCGAGCUCGCUGAUGAGCGAAGCCAACUUCACCAUCUGAGGUCAAAAUUUUCAGCUGGAGAAACUGGUUCUGAAGUCCUUCGUGAGCGCUUAGCAGAGGAAGAGGGCAAAGUUGCAUCUAUGUCACAGGAAUUGAUUCAGCUAAGUGCUCAAACGCGUACAGCCGAAGAUGAAGCCAAAGACUUCCGCGAAAAGCUGGCAUUGGCACAAGCCUCAGUGGAACAAUUGACGGUUUUGGUGAACGCACGCGGAAGCAAAGCUUACGAGGUGUCGCAACGACUUCUCUUACAGGCUGGGAGUAUAGGACAUAUGCUGGAACAGCUCGGCUUCGCCGUAGUCCAAACGGACGAUACGCUCACUGUGCAAAGGGCAUCCAAAGUCAAUAGCGCCUCUGCUUCGGGAGAUCUACUAGCUUCAUCAACAGUGGCUUCUCUUCGACCAGAUCCAACUCUUUCGACCUGGCUACAUGACAAACCAGAUUAUGAAGAUGCUAAGUUCAAGGAGUUUAUGGACUCGAUGGCGAAAUUUGAUGUCGAAGUCUUCGGCGAAGCGGUGGUGAAGAGGGAGAAAGAAAUUGAAAUCGUAGCGCGGAAGUGGCAGAAGGAAGCCCGAAACUAUCGCGACAAGUAUCACCGCACACAAAGCGAAGCGCAUGAUAAGAUUGCCUAUCGAUCUUUCAAGGAGGGCGACCUAGCACUCUUCCUUCCUACUCGAAAUCAAGCAAUCCGUUCUUGGGCUGCAUUCAAUGUGGGCGCACCACAUUACUUCUUGCGGGAGCAGGAUGCCCAUAAAUUAACAACCAGAGAUUGGUUGCUAGCCCGCAUCGGCAAGAUAGAAGAGCGAGUCGUGGACCUGUCUAGAUCCAUGAAUGGCGGCAAUCAGGACCGUCGUUCCAUCACCAGUGACGGGACUUCGUUCGAUGAUGAGAAUCCAUUUGAGUUAUCUGACGGCUUGCGGUGGUACCUUCUAGAUGCAACCGAGGAGAAACCAGGUGCUCCCAGUACCCCAGGGCUAGGAAAAAGCACGGUUGCUUCCGCACACGUCGAUGCCAAAGGGUCUAUUCGACUCAAACGGACCGCUGCUGGAGGCAAUGUAGCUAAGACCUUGACGAAGAGCCUGGACAGUCGUAGGAAUAGCUCUGCCUCAAAGAAAGGAACGCCGGUUCCAACGCUGGCCGCAGCAGAGUCGGUUGGGGACAAUGUGCAGCCUGCUGAUGCAGAUGCCGGGGUCCAGCCCAGGGAAUCUGACCCCAUAUUUGACGAGUCCCUGGAUGCACUGACGGAUCCACAGGCUGCUGAACAAUUCCAGGCUGCACCACAGUCUCCAGUCGUACGAGCAGAGCUAGAUGACUUACACUCCGGUGCGUCUUCACCGAGCAAGCGACCAUCAAGACUAAGACCAUGGGAGAAGAUAUGGUCUCUUGACUAUCGACUCGAGGGUGAUAAGCAAUGA